UUUUUUAGGGUUUUCGUCUCUUUUAGUCGUAACUGGAAGAGAGAGGACGAGAGAUCCUCCACUAAAUUUCAAAAAGCUAAUCCUCUUAUUCGUUUUCGAAUCGAUUCGUUUUUCUGGGUUCAAGAAUCAAAUUCCCUGGUUUCGUUUCGUGAUUUGUGUUUCUCUCUUUGGGAAAAUUUUGGCUUCUUUUUAACGCUCUCUGAAACGAUGGGAAGAGGCAAGUUCAAGGGUAAACCUACCGGCCAACGCCGAUUCUCUAGCGCUGCUGAUAUUCUUGCUGGCACAUCUGCUGCACGUCCUAAAUCAUUCAAACAGAAAGAAGCUGAAUACGAAGAAGACGUUGAAGACGAGUCAGAAGAGGAAUCUGAAGAAGAAUCCGAAGAUGACGCUGAUGUGAAGAAGAAAGGAACUGAAUCUGUGAUCGAAGUUGAUAACCCUAACAGAGUAAGACAAAAGACCAUAAAAGCAAGAGACCUCGAUGUUAGUAAAACCACUGAACUCUCAAGGCGUGAAAGAGAGGAGCUAGAGAAGCAGCGAGCUCAUGAGCGAUACAUGAGGUUGCAAGAGCAAGGCAAAACCGAACAAGCAAGGAAGGACUUGGAUCGUUUGGCUCUGAUUCGCCAACAGAGAGAAGAAGCUGCCAAGAAGCGAGAAGAGGAAAAAGCCGCAAGAGAUGCUAAGAAAGUCGAAGGGCGCAAAUGAGAGUUGGAAUCACUCAAAAGACCUACCUACUAAAUUGUGUUGUUUUUUACUCUGUUUUCUUCCAUUGAUAAAAGAUAAAACCUCUGCUAUGUCGUUACUCAGUAUCGUUGUUAUCUUUCAGAUCUUCAGAUACAUUUUUAAGUUCGGUCUUUAAAAGGAACCCCAAAUAAAGCAUG